AUGCGGCUAUCAGUCCUGCUAUUGAGCUUUAUCGGAGUAGCUGUUGCUAGGGACGGGUUCAUCAAGCUUGAUCUACAUACUAAUUCGAGGACGCGUCUGCGGAAGCGCCAGACGAACACAGAAGACCUCGAUCAGCAGCUGGUGGGUGACCCGAGCAGAACGUUCUACUGGCUUAACAUCACGGUUGGCACGCCGCCCCAGGCUAUAGCUCUCGACAUCGACACAGGCAGCUCAGACUUAGUCGUCAUCAGCAGUAGUGUGAAGGCAUGCUCCGAUGCUGGCAUGUGUCGUGGGGGGGCCUUUGAUUCUGCGAAAAGCUCGACGUAUCAAUUGAUCCUGCAGAAUGGUAGCGACGUCGCCUACGGCGAUGGCACAGAGUUCAUUGGCGAUCUGUUCACAGACGUGAUGUCCGUUGGUGGUAUCGACAUCAAGAAGGGCGCUCUCUUCGCAGGCUUGACCAACGGAUUGAUUAAUGGGUCAAUCACAAAUGAUGGAAUUGGAACCAUAGGAAUCGGCUACCGUGCUCUGUCUGGGAUCACUCCUCUGACCGAGCAGGCUAACGGAACUCUUCCGCCAACUGUUGUUUCUGCCAUGGUUGAGUCUGGCGACAUAGCUCGAGAAGCAUAUUCCCUGAUACUAGGCUCACAGGAGGCCAAUUCGGGCAACGUAAUAUUCGGUGGGAUUGACGGCAGCGCCUACUCAGGAGACCUAGUCGCUCUGCCUGUGCAGCCUUCUCCCAAUGAAUAUGCCAAUUAUACCGCAUUGCAGGCCGCUUUGACUGGCAUAAGCGUUACGGAUCUCGACGGCACGAGGCUUCUGACCGAUGAGGACUUUGGCGUCGCUGCUCUUCUCGACAGUGGCACCACCGUCACAGUUCUACCAGCCUCUGUGGCAGUCGCUCUGAACAGGGGCUUCGGAGUGGUAGAGGGCGUCCUUCCUUGCUCACGAGCACAAGCCAAUGCCACCAUAACCUACCAUUUUGGAGGGCCAGAAGGUCCCUCCGUCAAAGUCCCUCUCAGCAGCCUGAUGGACCCGCUUUCUUCCGACGCCUCUAGCCAAAACACGUUCUCCAACGGCGAGAACGCCUGUAACUUCAACGUCGAGGCAGAGCACGGUAGCAACGGCGUCGUCCUAGGCGACAGCUUCAUGCGCUCUGGUUAUUUUGUGUAUGACCUCGAGAACAACCAGGUUGCCAUAGCACAAGCAGCGGCGUCGCCGGCGAGUGGUGGCAGCAUCACACCGAUCCCAUCGGGUACCGAGAUCCCAGGUUGCUCCAGCACAAACACAUUCAUGCUGCCGGCCAGCAAUCUUGCCAGUGUUCCUGUGCCGUCGGAUGCUAGCGCGAGUACGGAAUCUGUCUCGGGAAGCCUGCUGCCGGCAACGGCAACGUUUGAUCUGGGUGCUGUGACGACCCAGACUGUGAACCAGACGCCAAGUGGAGCGACUGCAUCGAGUAGUAGUAGCAGCACAGGGGCGGCAACGAAGCAAACGGCGGUGGCCAAACAAGCGGCUCUGGGUCUGGCGGCGGUUGCAGUGGUUGGUAGCGUUAUUUAUAUGUGA